AAAAUCGAGCGCUCGCCGGUCACUGUUAUUAUUCCUCUAGUUGGUAAUGAGAGUCACUGCGAGUGUGGUUUGUGGACGUGAACCCCUUUAAAACUACGGCUGCCCACAUAUUGAAACAUCCGAGAUCCGUCACUGGGGAAUUGACGGAGCGCAAUCGACGGAAAAUUUGAAAGGUUCUCAAAAUAGAAUCAGAGCUGUGACCCUGCAUCACGCCAUCUCGUCACUCAUUUGAUGCAAUCGAGGCUGCUGAUGACUUACUGAGAGCUAACCUAGCAAAGAAAAUCCAUUGGAAACACUGUAAAUUGACGCAAUCGCAAGCAUAGUGCAUAAUGCAGAGGCAAAAUCUAACGAAUGCAUCCUUAAUUGAUACAAGAGAGAAACAAAGGGCUUUUCAAGACGCCGUGAACAGAAAAGACCGUGAGGAAGUUCACCGACUGCUGAGUAACGGUUUACAUAUUAACGCAUUGAACGAAGCCGGCGAUACUGCAUUACAUCAGUGCAUACGGGAUGGCAGAAUUGAUUCUGCAAAGCUAUUGGUCGAGUUCGGUGCUGACAUCAAAAGAACGAACCGCGAUGGUUGGUCCCCAGUCCACCUUGCAACCACUCUCGGUCAAAGAGACCUGGUGAUGUUCUUGCUAGACAAAUAGGUUCUCUUGCAUGUAGCUUGGAGCAAGCGGAAUUGUUUUCACAUGUACACACCCUUAAUUUAAAUAUAUUCACGGGAACAAUGUGCAGUUCUACAUUUUGAUUUGUUGGGCUGAACUUUGAACAACGUUGCUAGUGCAUGCAACAACAAAGAAAGUGAAUUAUUCGCCUGGCACUGUGUACAGAUGACAUUGAUACCCAUAACAGCUUGUCCCUUGAAUGCCAACGACACUGUAAUAAAGUUUAUAAUAUUCUGAUUGUAUUAUCACCAAAAUAUAUUAUCACUGUAAUAAAUCCUUUUAAAUGAGCACUGUUCCAUUGUGCAGUUAACCCUUUGCAACCUAACAUCAGCAUGAAUAAAGAGGUAAGUUUCUACAGAAACUGUGCUGCUGCGUCAGUAGGAGUAAUAAGGUAAUUUGGUUAUAUCAACUAAGUUGAAAUUGUAAAUUGGCAACCAUAAAGAGGUAAAAAGCUGA